GACCAUACUUCUUCCACUGCAUCUUUUGAGCUGGCUUCCAUGUGGCUGCGAGACUGUGUUCAAUCCCACCUGCGAUGCAAUUCCCACACAGACGGCACAUCAUGGUACCCAACGCGUCUUUUGCAUCUAGCUGAAACUGACGGAAAGGAGGGCUACGUACGACUCAUACGCACAGCGGGGACGUCACCCAAUGAACAUUAUGCUACUUUGAGUCACCGUUGGGGCAAUACAAGACCUCUUCGACUUACUAGGUUGGCGGCGUCCGAUCCAAACCACCGCUUUUUUGUUGCUGGGAUGCCCAGAACGUUCCAGGAGGCCAUCCAAGUAUCCAAAAGACUCGGGAUUCAAUAUCUGUGGAUAGAUUCCCUAUGCAUUAUUCAGGAGGGAGACAAUCUUCGCGAUUGGUAUCAUGAGGCGGGGCUAAUGGGUAAGGUGUACAUGCAUUCCUACCUCAACAUUGCUGCAGCAGAUGCAGAUGACGGCACAAAAGGACUUUUCCGACAUCACCCCUCGUUACUUCUAGGCCGUCAGCGUGUUGCAGUUAAUACAAAGGAACUUGGAUCAGGACCAGGUUACACUGACUAUUUAAUGACGGAUCUUAUGCUGUGGUCACGCAACCUGGGCAGGGCUCCUCUUCACAACCGUGGCUGGGUUUUUCAAGAACGCUUCCUGGCCCCGCGUAACCUCCAUUUCUUCCGUGAUCAAAUUUUCUUGGAAUGCAACGAGCGCACCGUCUGCGAGACGUUUCCCAAAGGUCUCCCCAGCAACAUCAUGAAUCUUACGACUGUAUCCGUAAAGUACAGACUUGGGAAACAACAAGAUCCUUCUGUAUCAUCUGAUAGACAUGGUGAUGAAUGGAAAAAACUUUGGUACGGUGACGUUGUUUCCCAGUAUUCUGCCAUGGACUUGUCUGUUUCAACCGAUAAGUUGAUAGCCCUUUCUGGUAUAGCCAAAUUCUUCAUGGCUCGUCUUGAAGAUAAAUAUGUAGCGGGUAUGUGGCGUAGUCAGUUGGAAGACUCACUAUUGUGGUUUGUUAAUCCUUCGGGCCUAUUGCCUCGUCCGUUAGUCUAUCGAUCACCAACUUGGUCGUGGGCGUCAGUGGAUGGGCAUGUACGUCCAAAUCUGCAUUGGGAGGAUCGAGAACUACUCAUACACGUGGAGGAUGUUGUAUUAUCCCAUGCGACCGAGGAUACUACAGGUGCAGUCACUGGAGGUUGGCUAGACCUGUGCGGGUUUCUCAAACCAGUGAGGUUGUCUAAAACCGAA